GCAUUGACUUGCUUUAUAUAAACUGUCGAGAAAGCCGCGUCGUCCGGUUAUGAUGACCUAAAGCGUGUGUUUCCAGUAUUUCAUUGUGGGAUUAUUGUUUUUUAAUUUGGAUUUAUUUUUCUCUUGAAGAUCUUUCAAAUUGGACCCGGUACUCUCGUCGAAGUGACGGGCUCUCCCUGAGGGUGUCACUCGGGUCUGCUGCUUCCUGUAUUGACGGACCAACACCGCUACUACCACCAGUCACAGACGAAAGCCCUGAAGCCCUGCCACCCGGCCACCGUGGCCUUCCCCCCACAGCCCGAUUGUAACUUUACGGAGGGACGCCAAACGACCACCAGCAGCCGCCCCCCGGUGCUGCCGUCAUUUAAACGGGGGGAAAAACGUGGCGAGCUCCUGAGUCGUCGCGGCUUCCUUUUUCCGGUAGCACUCGCGAGGUGGCUAAUGGCUAGAAGCAGGUAGAUAACCCCGACAAGAAGCGUCCAAAGACAGCAAUGCGCUAAUCUCAACUUCUAUAAAGACAUUGAAAGGAUCCGUUCAUUAGAAACGCCUUGGUAUGUCACGUUUUAGCCAAACAUUCGAGUGCCAGGGCUCAUGAAGUGUCCUCUUUUCGCUGACGUUAGCCAGCUAAGUCGUUAGCCACCAAGACGCGAUCCUGUUGCUCGCUAGCGAAGAAGUAAAGGGCCACUGCCACAGCUGCUCGCCCCGGUGCACUUAAGUCCAUUCUGGACAAAAUUUGAGAUUUCCACAGGUUUUUCUUCUCCUUUUGAGAUGCCCCCCAAGAAAAGACCGGUUCCGUUGAAUAUAACGCCCAUUGGAGAAGGGCAGCCCACCUCUAACACCACUGAUGCUGCAUCUGAAGCAAACCUUGAGGCCUUACAAAAGAAGCUGGGAGAGCUGGACCUGGAUGAACAACAGAAGAUGCGACUAGAAGCCUUCCUCACCCAGAAAGCGCAGGUUGGAGAGCUCAAGGAUGAGGACUUUGAACCAAUCUGCGAGUUGGGCGCCGGGAACGGAGGGGUAGUCAACAAGGUCCGCCACAAGCCCUCGGGUCUGGUCAUGGCUCGCAAGUUGAUCCACUUGGAAAUUAAGCCCGCCAUCAGGAACCAGAUCAUCAGAGAGCUUCAAGUCCUGCAUAAGUGUAACUCGCCAUAUAUCGUGGGCUUCUACGGCGCCUUUUACAGCGACGGCGAGAUCAGCAUUUGUAUGGAGCACAUGGACGGUGGAUCUUUGGACCAGGUUCUGAAGGAAGCCAGAAGAAUUCCAGAGGAAGUCUUGGGCAAAGUUAGCAUAGCUGUGUUGAGAGGUUUGGCUUACCUGCGGGAGAAGCACCAGAUCAUGCACAGAGAUGUGAAGCCCUCCAACAUUCUGGUCAACUCUCGCGGGGAGAUCAAGCUGUGUGACUUUGGAGUGAGCGGGCAGCUCAUAGAUUCCAUGGCCAACUCCUUUGUUGGAACACGUUCCUACAUGUCGCCGGAGAGACUGCAGGGCACCCACUACUCUGUUCAGUCGGAUGUAUGGAGCAUGGGUCUGUCCCUUGUGGAGCUGGCGAUCGGCCGCUACCCCAUCCCCCCACCAGACGCCAAAGAAUUGGAGGCCAUCUUCGGACGGCCUGUUCUGGACGGGAGCGAGGGAGAGCCUCACAGCAACGUGCAGAGGCCCAGACCACCAGGGAGGCCCGUGAGCGGACACGGGAUGGACUGUAGACCGGCUAUGGCCAUCUUUGAACUUUUGGACUAUAUUGUGAAUGAGCCUCCUCCGAAACUGCCACAUGGCGUGUUCACUAACGACUUCCAAGACUUUGUCACAAAAUGCUUGAUCAAAAAUCCAGCCGAAAGGGCCGAUCUGAAGAUGCUGAUUAAUCAUAUAUUCAUCAAGCGAUCCGAAGUGGAGGAAGUGAACUUUGCCGGCUGGUUGUGCAAAACCAUGAACCUCAACCAGCCCAGCACCCCCACCCGCAGCACUGAGUGAAGCACGCCCGUCUGCCCUCCUCGACUACUGCCCUCGUCACACCGCUGGGUCUUGCUUGCAUAUUCACAUACAUUCUCUCUCACACAUACACACACGCACACACACUUUUCUCAUGUUGUUUUUGGGCUUAUAAACGGUUCCAGCUUCCUCUCAUGUAUUUGUUCACCAGCAGCAGCUGCAGGGCUCUUGAGUCGUCGUACUGUAAGACCACAAGCUUCACCAGGCCAGUGUCACUUUUCCACUCGGCUGCACGGGGGGGAUGUAACGCUUUGAUUGGCACACUUGUUUUAUAUUAGCUAUUCUCUAUGAAUCUUUUCUAUGGUGGUGGUUGAUGGCUGGCGUAGCUGUAUUUUGAUAACAGCGGCGUUUGGAACAGGAGGAACUUAAACGUAGUCAAUUGAAAUAGCUGCGAUCAAGGUGACUGCAGCAAUUUUCAUUUCCGCAGACCCCUUUUGUCAAAGUAAUGACCCCAAAUCAUCUGCCGUAUUGUAAUUACAUUUGUCGGGGAUAAACCAGAGGAGAGAUGGGCACAGUCAGUCAUUUAGUCUUUUUUGGGGGGGGUGGGGUUAAACAAUUGAUCGCUCUGAGGAUCGCAAACCAAAGAGGAUACUCGCACUUAUCAAUGCCUGAUCAGUACCCCUCCUUUGUGUCCGCACAUUUAUGAAGAACAGUAUAUCAGUGCACUUUGGAUGAAAUUCAGUGCUGUUGUGUUGACAUCGUUUCCUCAUACAUUUCAAUCACACUCUCCUACAAUCGGAGGUUAGGAAUAUACCACGCCUUUUAAUGACGCUGAGAAAACAAUGAUCAAAAAUGUAUUGAUGGGAUGCUAUAGCAUGGUUUAACCUUUCUUAUACUGUGCGUGUAUUUUGUUUUAAUGGUGCAGAUGAUCAGCCGGUGUUUUGAUGAGAACCCUCUGUACUAUCAAUAUGAAUCAUUUUUGUUCCCUAAUCUUUUGUUUUCUUUGUUGUUGAUCUGUACUUUUCUCCCUUGCUGAGGUGCAUUUUGGUUACGCUCCCCGCUGUGGCACUCCAAAAGCAGCCAGCACAUUUGGCACGUACUUUUUGGGAAAACUUCGCUCAUCUUUAAUGCAAAGUUUUGGUAUAAUUGGACCGUUAAGCUUGAGGCAGAGAUUUCAGUCGUACAAAAAGGGUUCAAGUGAGCAUUGUAACCAGUGUUGGUCACAUGCUGAUGAUGUUGCUAGCCUUGCUUGAGCUCCUGUGUUACUUUUUUCUUCUCUGCUUUUUUGGCUGCCCUCUGAUUCUCCAAAUCCUCAAUGUGCAUUCGUUCCGAGGAAAAAUGGAUGCAUCAUCACUUGUAUGUGUACAAAAUAUACAAAAACUACAGGAGUACUAUUUUGCAGUCUUAAUAUACAACUUUUUUGAUUUAUGUAAAUGACAAGGAAAAGUCAUUUAUUCUAAUAUAAAACGUUGGAUAUGGUUCUAAUGUAUAAAAGGAUGAAAUAAAACUUAUUUGUGAAUGUAAA